UGCGCCGAGCGGACGUGUGCGUGCGCAUGCUGGACCGCGUCUCCUUAUAUCCGCGAUACAUAUCUCCGCGCUCCUUAUUUAUUAUAAUUUAUUCGGGUACAAAGUGAUACAGUACGUUAUAGUUAACUUGCUAGACGUCGGCGCCCUGCUAGAAUUCGGUGACGUUGACAUCUGAAACUCGAGUUGUGAUUUAUCUGUGAUAUUUAAAAUUUACACGAAAUGGCCGAAAAGUCCGGAAUUAUAACUAUACAUCAGAUGCGCCUACAUCGUUGUGAGGGGUGCCUCGCGGCCUGCCGGCCCGAGCGCAGGGCUGGCUCUCCCUCUAAGACCACUAUCAGAAAUAUCCGCCUGAAGCGCGUGCGGCAGCGGCCGUACAAGCCCCGCCCCCACGACAGCGGCAACAUGGCGGACACCGCGCCCCCCGCCCCGCCCCCGCCCCCCGACACUGACGCACCACCGAUGCCGUGGUUCGGCAUGGACAUCGGCGGCACGCUGACGAAGCUGGUGUACUUCGAGCCGCGCGAGACGAACCGCCGCGAGCUCGACCGCGAGACCGAGGUGCUCAAGAACAUCCGCCGCUACCUCACCCGCAACUCCGCCUACGGCAAGACCGGCCGCCGGGACGUGCAUCUGCAGAUGGACAACGUGACGAUCCGCGGCCGUCGGGGCACGCUGCACUUCAUCAGGUUCCCGACGAGCGAGGUGGGCGCGUUCCUGCAGCUCGCGCGCUCCAAGGGCAUGGCGGCGCUCGUCAACACCAUCUACGCCACCGGCGGCGGCGCCUACAAGUUCGAGGAGGACUUCAUUAAGGAGGUGAACAUGCGUCUGUCGAAGGUGGACGAGCUGGACGCGCUGAUCGCGGGCGUGCUGUACGUCGACAGCAUGAACCCGCAGGAGUGCUACUACUGGGCGGCGCCCGACGACAUGCGCGACGCCGACACGCCGCCAUACCUGGAGCCGUGCCUGUCGCAGUAUGUGCGCAAGCCGUUCGACUUCUCGGCGCCGUACCCGUUCCUGCUCGUCAACAUCGGCAGCGGCGUCUCCAUGCUCGUCGUCAACGCACCCAACGACUUCUACCGCGUAUCCGGCACUAGCCUGGGCGGCGGCACGUUCCUCGGUCUGUGCUGUCUGCUGGCCGGCUGCAGCAGCUUCGAGGAGGCGAUCGCGCUGGCGGCGGACGGCGACAACACCAGCGUCGACAAGCUCAUCAAGGACAUCUACGGCGGCGACUAUGCGCGGUUCGGCCUGCGGGCGGACCUGGUCGCCAGUAGCUUCGGCCACAUGUGCUCGGCGGAGCGGCGCGCGCGCGUUUCCCGGGCGGACCUGGCGCGCGCGACGCUCGUCACCAUCACCAACAACAUCGGCUCCAUCGCCCGCCUCUGCGCCUCCAACGAGCGCCUCGAGCGGGUGGUCUUCUGCGGCAACUUCCUCCGCGUCAACCCGCUGUCCAUGAAGCUGCUGUCGUACGCGAUGGCGUACUGGUCGCGCGGCGCGCUCAAGGCGCUGUUCUUAGAGCACGAAGGCUACUUCGGUGCGGUGGGGUGUCUGCUGAACAUCGACAACAACCACAGGAAGGAGAACGUGUCCCGACACCCCGGCUCCGGCAACUCCGCGGAGGACAGUUGAGCGCCGCGCGGGGUCCGCUCGGCCCCGAGACGACCCGGCCGCCGGGACCCGCGUGGCCCCCGCCCCGGGUACGAAGACAGCGCUACACGCCGCACGCGCUCGCACACGACCGGCCGCCGACGUCGGGUUAGAUAGACAAGGAUAGCAAUAACAGAGCGAGAUGGACGCGCGCCGCUCGGUCGCCCGUGCACGCGACACAAUGAUGUUGUUUUUGGCUACCAUUCCACUUCUGUUGUUGAUGUGAGGCCACAAUUUGUAUUUAGAAUUAUUUAAAUGUUAUAGUUUUUAAAUCGCUUAUUUAAUAAUUUAUUAUUGAAAUUGUGAAAACGGCGGGUGCUGGCCCUGUAGCGUCGUCGCAGGCACAAAUUGUAUUUAGUUUUGGAUGUAUUUUUGCGGGGAGCGUUCUAGUGUUACUAGUUUUAUUUAUAGCAAUUUGCUACUUAUUUUAUGACAUGUUAAAUCGAUUCCAUUGAAUGACGAUCUAUCUCAAAGGUUUUUCUAUUUAUUAGUUAGUACGUAAAUUAUUUUUAUAUAAAUGCUGCGCCGUUCAAUACGUCAUACGUCUACGAAUAGACUUAGGUUUUAUCUGUAAUUGAAUUUAUUCCGAAUUUAAAUUCUCACUGAACAGUGUUAUCGACUGCACCGCCAGCCAAAAUGUUUCUAAACGCUGAAGAAAAUAAAAUAUGCUUAUCGCUAUCACUCAACAAGAAAUACAUUUAGAGUCUUAUCUUUAAAAAAUCCUAAUCAAAACAGUUGAUAAUAAGUGGCUUCUGUUUAUUCACUAUCUUUAUGACUAGCGCCAUUUCGGCGUCAAUUCAGUGACUAUUAGCUAUUUUAAAUAAUGUUGAUAUAAUAUGUGUAAACAAAACUGUCAUAAGGCGAUUACAGUACUAUUAAUUUAAAUGUUUACGUGUAAAUUCGAUCGAGUUAAAUUUUUGUUUAAAUUUAAAUGGAGUAUAAUGGGUACGAGGCUACAUUGUGCGUGUUUAGUUUCUUGGCGAAUACGUAUUUUUGUCUGCAUAAAAUAUAUAAAACAAUUAAUACAAUAAACGGCGAUUUAUGAGACGUCAAGUUUUGUCCAUCGAAUACAUCCUACUUAUAUUCUAUUUCAAGACUCAGUAAACAUAGGGACUUGUCGAGGAUAUAUAAAUGUCAUUGUAUUGUGUUAUGAAAGGCGAAUAGCAAUCACCAGCACCAUGCAGUAAGGCUGACCUGAAAGUAGGAUAGUUCUUUGGUUUGUUUCUUCUUCUUCUUUUUUUAUGGCGGCCUCAGUGAGCUGCCAAUGUCAGAGUUCUUUUGGGUAGACUGCUCUAUAUUGCAGGUCUGGUGAAGAAACAAGGUACAAGGUAUCUAAUAAUAAUUUAAAUUCUGUUGAAUAUACCUAAAAUCUUCUAUCCGUGUUUCCUACGAGAUGUCAUUCAAGCGUCAAAACAUUUUUGUCUAAGUUGAAAUUUCACAGGUAUGGGACAAUACGUAUUCGCCACGAGAGAUGCACUGUCGGUCGCGCCAGAGUAGUUUACUGUUGUAGAUUAUUAAAUAUUUUUAACCGACAAAAAAGAGGUUAUUAAUUGAGGCAUGGAAUUUACAAAUGAGCUAAGUGCCAAAAUAAAAUUAUUGAGAAAUUGAAUAAAAAUGCAUUAGCUUUUCAA